CUCACAGUCGAGGGUGACUAAGCAGGAAUAAAAGGGAUCGAAGGGUAUGGGUUACCAUGGGGCUCUUUUCGCCUUCUCUUUCCUGUUUCUGAUGCUGGCAACCUAUAUAGAUAUAUGGGGAAUUUUCGCGUACAGGCCUAACGCUGAAAAUGAGCAAGUAAGCACUGAGUUUUGUGGUCUGACUAGGAACAAUGGGAAGUAGAGGUUGGCUCUAGAUAGCAGAUGGACUAAUGAGACGUGUUGUAUGCCUCUGAGGCUCGUCCGG